CUUAACAUUUUGAACUAUUGAAAUUGAAAUACACUUAUCUCUGUAUAGUAUCAAUUUAUUCUAGGAAAAUAAUGUCAUACAUAAAGUAAAACAAAGCUGUUGAAAACUAAAAACCAAAAAAUAGAACGAUAAUCGAAAUCGAACUAUAAACGAAUUGUAGCCAUAAUCGAAAUCGAACGAUGAACGAAAUGUAGCGGUAAUCGAAAUCGAACGAUGAACGAAAUGGAACGAUGAACUUUGGGAUCAAAAACCAAGGAACGAAAAGAAUGAGCUAGUACACUGAUGAGAAGUGAACGAACAUGAAUCGAACGAACUAGUUCACUGCCGCCCUGCAGUGAGAAACUGUGAGAGAACCAAAGCGAAUUCGCCAUUAGCGAUGCGUCUGCAGCAGAUCUGACGUCAUACCUGCGCUGCGUUCGCCUUAGGCCCGAAGAGGCAGUCGAAGCGUAGAGAGCCGACAAUGGCGUGCGCUAGAGAGAGACAACUAGUGUUGCGUGCGGCGAAGAGCGAGCAGCGAAUGAGGAACGAGCAAUGAGCGCAGCGCAAAACAUUGAUCUGAGCAAUGGCCGGCAGGAUCAUGCGUCAGUUGUGUUUCGUCAUUGCCGCUGCGCGCACAUCUCGCAAAUCGCACUCCGCAAGCAGAUAACGGUAAAACGAGUACGAUCGAAAAGUGUUACAACUAUAUUUAUAUAUAUAUAUUUAUAAGUUAUUCAUAUAAUACGCGUCGUAUUAUAUGCAAGUGUUGAACUCAAAGCAAAGAAAACAAGACGAAAUUGAUUAUCAAACGAUGAGCGCGCGUUCGGUGUCGCCAAAAGUGCUGCUGGACAUUAGCUAUAAGCCAACGCUGCCAAACAUUAUGGAGCUCCAGCACAAUGUCAUCAAGCUCAUUCAGGUGGAGCAGCAGGCGUACAUUCAAUCCCUGGAGCAGCCAAAUGGUCACUACAUGCCGCAUCAGACCCAUCAGCAACAUCAACAGCAGCAACAGCAGCAGCAACAAUAUGCUCCAUUGCCUUCAUUGGCGCCGAAUGCUGCGGAUUAUGCAGCGUAUGGGAUCACAGAGCUGGAGGACACAGAUUACAAUAUUCCUAGCAAUGAGGUGCUCAGCACCAGCAGCAAUCACAGCGCUCAAAGCAGCCUGGAGCUGAACAACAAUCAGAAUACUUUGAGCAACAGUCGCAGCAGCAGCAACAGCCACAGCAGCAGCAACACACAAAUUCCACAUGGCUACAUUCUCAAUGAGCAUGGCAAGCGGGCUCGUAGCAGCAGCGACUACGAUUGCCAAACGGAUUCACUGACCAUGCAACCCGAGCACAAGAAGUUGUUGCAACAACAACAGCAACAGCAGCAGCAUCAACUCUAUGUCGACUAUUUGCCUACAACUGUGGAUGAAGUUGCCGCUGCGCAGACUCAGACACAAUCUCAAACGCAGGCAGCCACACACAACUCCUGCGUUUCCCCACAUUCUCACUCCCACUCGCAUUUCGACUUUGCCGCCGACGAGGACAUGCAGGAGCACAAGCCAAACAUCUUCAAAUACGGCGUCUAUCCUCAAGCUAUUGCUCAGCAACAGCAGCAACAACAGCAGCAACAGCAACCACAGCAGCAGCAGCUACACUUCCAAAACAGUUAUAGACCAGGGCAAAACUAUGAUGCAUAUGAACCAGCGAACAGCCUGAAUGGCAGCGCCUACUCAAGUUCCGAUCGGGACGAUAUGGAAUACGCCCGACAAACCGCACUCAGUUCUGUGGGCGGCUAUGCCAAGGAGGAGGACAUGGAAGGCCUCUCGCCUGCUUGUUUGGGCGAUGACAGCAGCCUGUUGGACGCUGUCGAUGCAUCCGGCAAAGCGUUCCGCAAGCCUCGACGUCGGCUGAAACGGAAACCGAGCAAAACUGAGGAGACGGAUGAGUUCAGCAAUCAGCGGGUGAUGGCCAAUGUGAGGGAGCGACAACGCACCCAAAGUCUCAACGAUGCAUUCAAAGCACUACAGCAGAUUAUACCGACGCUGCCCAGCGACAAGCUGAGCAAAAUCCAAACCCUCAAGCUGGCCACAAGAUAUAUCGACUUCCUCUGCCGCAUGCUGAGCUCCAGCGACAUUUCGCUGCUGAAAGCUCUGGAGGCACAAUCCUCGACAGUUGCAACGGGUUACGGCAAUGCCAGCACGCUGCUCAGCGCCGCCAAUGGAGCUGAGGCCGAUCUCAAGUGUCUGCGCAAGGCGAAUGGUGCUCCGAUCAUUCCGCCCGAGAAGCUCAGCUACUUGUUCGGUGUCUGGCGCAUGGAAGGCGAUGCCCAGCAUCAGAAGGCAUAAAAGGAGUUGCAUUUUUUGUUUGCCAUUGGGGCUUCCAGUUACUGAAGAAAUCGUACACACAGCGUGAAUAAUUCCAAUGCGAGUGCUAAGCGAGCACGAGCAGAUCUUUCCAUAUCUUAUAGAUGAUUAACCUAAAAAUAUUAUUUAAACACAACAAAAAAAAAAAUGAAGAAAACAGAACACUUAAAAAACGGAGAAAAAAAGUAAAAAUAAAUAUCAAUUAUUUUAGGUUUAAUUAUAUGUCUAGCGCUAACUAAAUUAAA